AUGAUCUCCGCGCUGGCCACGCUGGCCAUGGCCAGCUCCGUCGCCGCCCACGCCACCAUGUACGGCGUCUGGGUCAACGGCGAGGACCAGGGCGACGGCCGCAACGUCUACAUCCGCACGCCCCCCAACAACAGCCCCGUCAAGGACCUCGCCUCGCCCGACCUCGUCUGCAACGUCAACGGCGCCAAGGUCGCGCCCGAGUUCGUCUCGGCCGCCGCCGGCGACACCCUCAGCUUUGAGUGGCAGCACGACAACCGCAACGACGACAUUAUCGACGGCAGCCACCAGGGUCCCAUCAUCACCUGGGUCGCCGCCUUCACCGAGGACGACGGCACCGGUCCCAUCUGGACAAAGGUCGCCGAGGACGGCUUCGACGGCACCCAGUGGGCCGUCGACAAGAUCAAGGCCAACAACGGCAAGCAGGACUUUACCAUCCCCGCCGCCCUCGCCCCCGGCAAGUACCUCUUCCGCCAGGAGAUCAUCGCCCACCACGAGUCCGACACCGCCUUUGAGGACAACCCGGCCCGUGGCGCCCAGUUCUACCCCUCGUGCGUCCAGAUCGAGGUCUCGGGCGAUGGCGACGCCGUCCCCGACCAGGGCUUUGACUUCAACGUCGACUACACCUACCAGGACCCCGGCAUCGUCUUCAACCUCUACAACUUUGACGGCACCUAUGACAUUCCCGGCCCAGAGGUCUGGAGCGCCGAGGGUGGCAGCGGUUCGCCUGCUGAGCCUUCGACUGCCCCUGAGCCUACGACUGCGCCCGAGCCUUCGACUGCUCCUGAGCCCACCCCGUCCGCGCCCGUGGAGUCCACGCCCGCCCCCAGCAUCACCACCCUGUCGACUGUCGUCGUGCCCACCAGUGCCGUGACCGAGCCCACUGCCACUGCUGCUCCCGAGACGCCUGCGCCUGAGGCCCCCGAGGAGGGCUGCAAGCUCAAGCGCCGCAGCAGGAAGAGCAAGCGCUCCGCCAAGGCCCGCCGUGCUUCCAGGAUGGCCUAG